GCUAGCCCUUAUUGCUGCCUGUAGGCCAGCUAACCCUACGAAAACAAACGGGUUUAGCGGUGCUUCGGGUUAGCAUCUCUGUUUUUUUUAUUCUGUUGCCCAGGGCUGACAACGCCUCUGCUUGGUUAAAUCACAGCUCGUAUGAAUGUGUAGAGACAGGGGCAGCCUGAGCUCUUAAUGCAACCAUCCCUCCCAGCUAGGAACCAGAAUGUCCGACUCGGCUAACGUUACUUCAACAGACAACAACGGAGACUCGGGACUUAACGGGUCCUGGGUAGAGUUGGAGAUGAACCGAAAUCUUCAGGCUCAGUCCUCCUUAACGGCUGGGCCCAGCCCGGGCCUGCUGCCUCUCCCUCAGGUGGAGGAAGAGGAGGCCAUAGUGGGGGGGUUGGAGCACGUCCCGUCGUCUUCCUCCAUCCACAACGGAGACAUGGAGAAGAUCCUGCUGGACGCGCAGCACGAGUCGAGCCGCAGCAACUCCUCCUGUGACAGCCCCCCGCGGCCCCACUCCCCCCAGGACGAGGGACAGAUCAUCUUCGACGUGGACACGACCAGCAGACGAGACAGUCAGUCUGAAGACGACGUCCUGGACAAGGACAGGGACAUGGACAUCCUGAUGAAGGACGCAGACUGGGUCGCUGAUUGGUCCAGUCGACCGGAAAACAUUCCCCCCAAGGAGUUUCAUUUCCGCCACCCUCGCCGCUCGGUGACGCUCAGCAUGAGGAAGACGGGGGCCAUGAAGAAAGGAGGAAUCUUCUCUGCUGAGUUUCUCAAAGUGUUCAUCCCCUCGCUGCUGCUAUCGCACAUCCUCGCUCUGGGCCUGGGCGUCUACAUCGGGAAGAGGUUGACCACGCCACCCACGAGCUCUUUCUGAGCCCCAAACGGAAGAAAAGUGCCUGAGAAGUUGCCACGAGCUGUUUGUGGAGGAAGUUUUGCUGUUGUGAGAAGAAUGCCAAUCUCUCAUCCCCCUUUCUCUCCUGCCUGCCUCCUCCUUCCCCUACCCCCCCACCCUGAGAUAUGACUUUGCUUUUUUUAACCCCUCUUUCCCCACGUUCCUCUUUCUGUUUUUUCUUAAUCGGCUUCCCUCUAACUGUCUGUAGCCUUCACUCAUUGGAGCUUUUUAAGACUGACCGAGAUCAUGUUGUCCCUGUGAGUGGGUUUCUAAAGUUUCUAAAGGGCGGGUUUUAAGCGGGAGGGUUGCAGCAUUAAACUAAACUCCUCUUUCUCCCUCAUGUGAUUAUCUGAACACAGAGACUGACCAGAGAUUGUGCCACCUGCGUGAAGUAGCCCAGCGCUCGAUCACGACCAAAUUCAGGCUGAAAAUGUGAUCACGGCGUUUUCUUUUCUGAAAGUGGCCAUUUUGUUUCUUUUCCUUUAGCUAAUAAUGUCUAUUUUAUUUAUUUUGCAACCAGUGGUUGUCUAUAAAGACGUUUAGACAACAGCCAACGUGACCUUUUUACUCUUAUCCAGUUCUGAGACGAGAAGCAGGAAGGACUUUCCUCAAGAAUGUGUUGUUUUAGAGAUGCUUUUGUUUAAGGAAAGCAACGGUCCUGCACUCCGGCGUGUGAGAAAAACAGUGAAAUACUCCGUGAACCUGCAGCUGAAAUGAUUGAACUGUGCAAACGUGGAGGAGCACAAACCGGCGGUACCGGCGUGACGCUGCAGAGCCGCAGCAGCAGGUGUGCAGGCUUCAAAUAUUUGGAGCUCGUCCACAAAGUUUGACACCCAGCGUCAAACUGCGGCCUCAGUGAGGUUUAUCAGAAGAAGGUAUGUUCUGGGGUUUGUCAUGUCUGCACUGCAGCCGCUCCAGAGAAGCAGGAAUCUGACAGAAACUUUUCCACAAAGAACCACGUAUGCAGCUCAGGAAAUUCAUUUCACAAAUGAAUUUCAGAAACUCCUAAAUUAAAUACCUAGGAUUCAUACAGGAUGAUGUGUUUAUUUCUGCAAAUUUGGAUGAUUGUUGUUCACAGCUGAUUUAAAAAAAAUAAAGUAAAAUUAAGUUUUCCAGAAAUUAGAAUAUUAAAUAAGUGCAUUAAAACGUUUUUUUUGAUACAUCAAUAUGGUCCAACUGUAUUGCUGUGACUUUGGACUUGAGAAAACACAGUGGACCAACACCAGUAGAUGGCUGCUCAGUUUUAACAAGCCCGGAAAAGUAUGGACGCCGAUUUGAUCUAGAUAAAAAAGGAGUGACAUUCUAGACUUAUUCAACUUUAUUCAGUGUCCUAAAACUGGGGCCUCAAACUUGGGUCCCCGGACCUCCGGGGGUCCGCGAACCGCGGGUUGGGGGUCCGUGAAACACACGUUGUCUGGCCUGAGGAGGCACUGCUGCGGAUGCGUCGGGAUUGUGCUAAGUAACACAAUGGACAAAUAUUUAAGAAGAAUGAGGAUCUAAUCUCUACCAAAUCUCUAAUAUUAGGUGUAUUUUUAUAUAUUUUUAAAAGCGUAUAUAAUUCCUAUUGGAUUUAACAGGAUGAAGAAUCUAAAGAAGGGUCCUUGGAAACUUUUUACUGCUACUAAGGGGUCCCUGGCCACGAAAAGUUUGAGAACCCCUGGCCUAAAAGAUAAACUCCUGAAUCGAUCAAAAAGUAUCCACUUUUACCCUAUAACUUCUGUAUUUGUCCAGUUCUAAUAAUCAUUUAGAAUUUUGAGUCACAAAACCGUAAAUUAUCACAAAACGUACAGACUUAUUGAAUAAAAAAACCCUUUUUAUUCAUAUUUGGCCGCCAGACCUUAGAUGAACUGAGCCUGUGGAUCUAAGCUUUAAAACUACCAAUUUUGUUCUUUAGAGAACAAAUAAAGUGAUUGUAGAUCACAAACUAAUACAUUUCUUUCUCAAAUGUCUAGAAUGUCAUAAGCAAAGUCAUAAGAAGUCUAGAAAUGGAAGAGUCUGGGCAAAAAUAUGUAAUUUUGGAAAGGAAAUUUAGGGAGAACCCUGCUCUCCACUCUUCCCCAGACUCUGGGACUUUGAUUUCCAAAUAAAAUGUAACAUUUACUUUCAUCUGAACCACAGUCCAGUCGUUCUUGCCUUAGCCAAGUUAGGAUCCUUCUAUCAUCGGGUUCUGGAGUUGCUAAACCCAAUGAUAAGGUUUUUUUUUUUUUUUUUUUUUUUUUUUUUUUUUUACAAUCCAGGUUGCUGGUGUGCCGUUUCCUCUCACGUUUUUCCUUCCAUUAAACUUUCCUUUAAGAUGCUCGGAUACAACCCGCUGUGAGCACCUAACCUCACUAUCAAAGACCUUUUGUGGCUUAUUGCUUGUGAAGGGUCACCAUCUGCUGGAGGACUGAUUCUGUAGGUCAUAACAAACCAUUUCUUUAUUUAAAUAUGUUUUAUUGGUCUUAAUAUCCUACAUUUCUGAGGAGCUAAAUUUUGCGUUUCUGUUAGCUGUAAGUCACAAUCAUCCAAAUUAACAGAAACUGAUGUUAACUUUGUAACAGUGUUUAAUUUGUGGAGAUGCUCCUGUUAAUUAUUUGCACAGCGGGUUUUCCCUGCCGCAUCAGCAGAUCCGUUUUAUUUUAGCAGGAAACAGAUAGAAUUUUUCCCCGUUCUUUUAUUUUUAUUUUUUUUU